GUCUGGAGUAGACGUGUGCAGUAACAGAAACGUUUGCUAUGGCCGGCGUAACUUCAUCGUGGCUCAGCAUUGCCGUAUGCGUCGCUUGUCUGGCAGCGGCGUCUGGUGCCCCAAGACACAGUGCAGAGCUUGAAGCUCCUGAAGCAUCUGCAGCCCUCCUAUCACGCCUACGAAGAGCGUCAGGUCCCGAGGACAUGUCAAGGAGUCUCAGCGGUAUCUUAGAUGCUCCACAGGAACCCCAUAAGCGAAGUCUUACUUUGCAGGAUGAGGCAGUUCAACUGGAAAAUCUGCUGAAGGAGGAAGGGAACUUCGAACCCCGUCAAAAUGGCGGCAGCUUCAGUCCUGUUAGAAACUAUGAAAAUGGAAACAAAAUAUCUUCUUUACCCGCAUUCCGGCGGAUUCCCUCACUGAGCAAUAACUGCCCGACGUGUGUUCCGGACUCAUUUCGCUGGAGGGAUAUGGACUAGCCUCCAGGUCUACACGCGUCUUGUGUUCUGGCAACUAUGUUCCCGACAUCGGAAUUCCAAUUCUGGGGUCAGGGUCUCGAACAGAAAACAGCUAUUUCAUUCAGCACUCUUCUAAUAAUUUAUUUGUGUGUUUAUUCGUCAUAUAAAUACUGGAGGGAAAAUGUCAGUAGAGACACACUUAUUGCGAUUAUCAGGAUAAAUUCAUUCACAGUGAGAAGUUAUCAUUCCUCAUUUGAUUUCAUAUUCCUAUUUUCGCAUGUCGCUAUUUAUUAAAAUAUUUCAUGAAGAAGUGUUCACAAAGUGUCAGUGUCACAGGUGGAAAUAUGCGAAAGAUUUUGAAAACGAUUAAAUGGAAAUUAGCCUUAGCGCUGAAACACCAAAUAAAGAGACUGAAUGUAAGA